AGUAAAGCGGGGCGUUCUUUUGGAGAAAGUUAAAAUUGUAAAAUUGGGGGGUUUUCCCCCCAGACUAUUCUCCUGCAGUUUUAUUGUUCCGGCCAACACUGUCUUAAUUUUAAUAUGUAUUAUGCAACAAUUUCACUGAUUGAAAAAUUAAACAAUUUUCAUAAAGAUCCGAUCUGAAAUGUUUACAAGAUUUGAUAGUAUUAGUAAGACAAAUGAUCUUCCCUACUUGUGCCGUGGUAAUGCUGUAAGAUAUAGCCGGGAAAAUUCCCAGAUGGAUGUAAUAAACCUGAUUGGUUAAAAGAAUAAAGCACAAGGUCAUUACAAAUACAUGUAUGAAGUAUUUUUAUUGAACAUCUCAUGAUGAAAUGGCCCAGUCAGAGAUUGAGAGAGAAGAUUUGAUUCCGGUACCAGAAGAUCCUUAUCCUCAGCAAGAUCAAUGUCGUCUGUGGAUAGGAAAUAUUGACCCAAAAAUAACAGAAUUCACCAUUUUAAAAUUGUUACAGAAAUUUGGUCAGUUGGUCAGAUUUGAUUUUUUAUAUCACAAAUCUGGGCCUGAUAAAGGCAAGUCAAGAGGCUAUUGUUUUGUUAGUUAUAAUACCAAAGAGGAGGCUACUAAGGCUUUGCGUAAAGUAAAUGGUAAAUUUGCCUUAACAAAGAAACUUGUUGUCAGAUGGGCCCAUAUUGAACCAGACACCAGUAUUGAAUCAAAGAAGAAAGCACCACAGACUGUGGUAACAAAACCAAUUGAACAUGCAGAAGUUAGCAUUCAUAGUAAAAUAAAGGAAAUAGAGGCCAAACUACAUUCUAUGAAAAAAUCACAAAGUGACUUUUCAAUAUCAACAGAAAUUAAUGCAGUGCCAGGAACAAGCAAAUUAAGUGCAGUGAAUGUUAUAUCGAACACUAAGAAAAAUCAAAACUAUAAACCCUAUGAUAAAUCAAGUAGUCGUGCACAUCACAAUAGGAAAAGAUGAUAGUGUUAUUGGUUUACAGUUUAAUAUAUUACAUAUAAUACAUCAAUUAGAUUAGAUAUGAUAUUUUCUGUGAAAAUCAUACAAAAUUAGACAAACAGUGAUCUGGUUAAGAGUAGAAUACCAAACACAAAUUUUCUUCAAGUAUGCCUUUUCUAGGAUAAUAAGAGUAUCAACCAGGCCUUGGAGUCUCACUUCCACUUUGGUAACAUCUGUAAAGCUGUGUAUACACUAGCCAAAUGAUUCGGUCGAAUCAAUCGGCAUCUAAAUUCGCCUAGUGUGUCCACUGUCAUACGGACGAAUGAUUCUCCCAAAUCAAAUAUGUUUGAUAUAUUCGACCGAAUUUUCAUUCAACCGAAUUAUAUUCGUCUAGUGUGUCCGUUUCGAUGAAGCAUUUGCACGAUUGUAAAAUUCAUUAGCCAAUCACCACUCAUCAUUGCCUCAUAUCAAGAAGUCAUGUGAUUGUUUGAAGACACGUUCUCCGCCAUGUUCAAUCAUGUGUCGGGAAAGGUGAUGCAAUCAACUGGUGAAUUGGGCGAAUGAUUCGUGUAGUCUGUCCACUCAUUCAGACAAAUAAAAUUCGGCAUUGAUUGAUUCAGGCAAAUGAUUCAGCUAAUGUGUCCACCUCUUAACAUAUAAAUUUUGUUAAUUAUCAAAAUUGAUUUCAACUAAUAUUUAAUCUUUCGAAAACCUAAACAGGUGUUUUAUAGUCCGCAUAUUAGAAUGCUUCUCGCUUUGGUGGAUAUGACAAUCCAUACAACUAAAGCUAAAACUAGAGAAAAACGGUUGUGUUAGAUACCAUUAAAAAAUCAUAAUUGUCCAAUUGAUGAAAUAUUUUACGCAUGUAUUUAUUUGUUGAUAUUAUAAGAGAUUAUGUCAAUUUUCUUGUGCCAUGUGACUAUGAGUGUGAUCUGUAAAACUGUGACAUGUUUAUGUAGUGUAGUCUGUAUGUUUUAAUGUUCAGUUCCAAAAUGCUACACAUUAUUUUUUUUUAUUUUUUCAUAUUAUUGUUACAUUGGGAGCCUCGGUGGCUCUGUGAUUAAGAUGUUGGCCCGAUUACCUAGGUUCUGUGCUCACCAAUUUGAUAUAAUUUCCUUCAUAGCACACUGCAUAUCAUAUGCCCGUCUUCAUUAGCUCGGAUGGAGCAGAAAAGUAGGACGUUAAAGCAAAUUUCAAUUCAUGUUUCAUCAGACUUUUCUGGAAUUUUGAUAUAAUUUCCAUUAUACCACGUAACCACACUGCAUGGCAUAUGCCCGUCUUCAUUAGCUCGGAUGGAGCAAUAGAGUAGGACGUUAGAGCAAAUUUUAUUUCAUGUUUCAUCAGACUUUUUUAUUUCUUUCAUUUCUUGUAUAUUUAUUGUAUUAAAGAUUAAAAUCAAAUAAUAUUGUACGUAUUUACAUGCCCACAUUUAAAUGUGAUCUUAUAUUGUUUGUCUUUUGGAGGGUUGUUACAGAGUAGUGUAACUAUUGCCAUUUAGAUCAAAUGAUCUGUCAUGAAGUGAAGUGUCAAGAUUUGCAUGUGACAAGAAGUGAACUUUCUCCAAGUUCUCUAGUUUCCUCCCACUACCUAAGAGCAUUGUUCACAAGUUUGACUGACACUGACUGAUAUUUUUAGCCAAACAAGUCUAGUAAGUUUGAAAAACAAGAUCUCAAAUACUCUGACCUGUUAAAGCGAGAAUUUCAAAUUUUCUAAGAAAGUCAAAACAUAAUUAUUUCUAGGUCUUUUGCUCAAUAGGUUAUCAAAUCACUAUUAUACGAUCAUGGGCAUUAUUUCCCACCCUUAAAAAUCUAUGACACAGGAAAUAAUAACACAAUUACCUCUCCUGUUUUGCUAUUGACAACAUGGGGCAGCCAUUUUCAAACGUUGGAAUUUGAAGUUAAAAAUGAUAUUUUUGCCAAUUUCUCAGCUGGCAAUAGCGAAUUAUAGGAUUAUUCUUUAACAAGGUAGGACUGUUUAUGGAUACCAUCUAUUUUAAGGCUUUAUUUUAAUAUAUUUUAAAAAUAUAACUUGAAAAUUUGCAAUUGCAACUUUAAGCAUUUACUAAAUACAAGGUUUUGGUGACAAGAGCAUAUAUUUUGUAUAUUGAGGUUGGUUGCCUUUUAGCAUCAUUGUUGCUAUAUUUUUGCAACAUUCUCAGAGCUGUGUAUAUGUCUUUACCUGGCAGCAAUUGUUUAAAUUUUUAGAAAUUGAAUAUAAAUUACAUAUACCACUUAUUGCUAAUAUGUUGCAGACAAUACAGAAAUACUGCUCAACAAAACAGUGUUUAUUAGCAAUUGAUGGGGGACCGUACCACACACAAACAAAACCCAUAAAACAAACCUGCGAAGAUACAAAAACUACAUAGAAAUUGCAAACAACAAACAUAUAUAUAAAAUCAAGUGAAUGGAUCCAUGGGCUAAACAAAUCAUUGGAGGAUAAUUAGCAGUCAAAACAACACUAGUAAUUUUGUUAAUACAAUGAUUUGUAUAAUUUGAAUUCUAAUAAAAGUGGUUUUCCUGA